AUGUAUGACUUACUUGCCCCAUUUCAUGUUAUUUCAUAUGCAGGAUGUCUUAUUCAGGUUUUUGUUAUUUAUUCUUCUGCUUUGUGUGAUUUUUCAACUUUAACAGUAAUGGCCUAUGACAGAUAUGUUGCAAUAUGUAAACCAUUAGAAUACCAUUCAGAAAUGACAAUGAAAAAAAUUGCAAAAUGUAUUAUUUUUUGUUGGCUUCCACCAUUUAUUUGCAUGUCUGUUGUAGUCUUAUUAGCAGCAAGACUAACCCUAUGUGGCUCAACUAUCGAAAAGCUUUAUUGUGAAACUUGGGCAAUUGCUAAACUGGCCUGUUCUUCUACAACAAUAAAUAAUGUAAUUGGAUACAUAGUUAUAUUAACAUAUUUUGGACAUGCAGUACUGAUUGCAUUCUCAUAUAUUCACUUAAUUAAAAAUUGCAGGAAGUCAAAGGAGAGCAAAUAUAAAUUCAUGCAGACUUGUGUGCCACACUUAGUGGCAUUGCUUAACAUAACCAUUGCAUUAUUGUUUGAUGUAUUUUACAGUCGAUAUGGUUCAAAUUCAUUGCCUUUGAGAAUUUUUAUGGCACUGGAUGUCCUCUUCAUACCUCCCAUUUUAAAUCCACUUAUUUAUGGAUUAAAACUUACUAAAAUACGGAAGCAGGUCAUGAGAUUGUUCCUCAGACACAAAUGA